GCGCUAUCACGCAUGCGCAGACAUCGGGUACGUGAACAACGGGAAACAGUCCAUUGAUCAACAGCUCAAAACAGGCAAAAAAAACGCUGCUUAACCGUUGCUCUUUUUAAAAUUGUGAAAUGAUCAUCUGAGUACUUUUAAAUCGUUUUUAGAAGAUAAAUAGAAACCACAACGAAAAGCUUUUUUGAAGGAAAGUAAUUUUAGAAGUGAGGCUGAGAAACAAUUUAUUUGGCUAGACUGGGUGCGAGGCAAGGGCGUGUUUGAAUCGCAGAGGGAGACACCCUCCUUGUUUUAGCUUGUGCAUGUUAUUGCAUUGUGUAUAUUUGGUAUUUUUAACUGUUACGUUUUGGGAAUCGGCUUGAAGAUGGGGUGUACUCUGAGCACGGAUGAUAAACAGGCGCAGGAGCGCAGUAAAAUGAUCGACAGAAAUUUACGGGACGACGGGGAAAAAGCAGCACGGGAGGUUAAGCUGCUUCUGCUCGGUGCUGGGGAGUCAGGGAAGAGUACAAUUGUCAAACAGAUGAAGAUCAUCCAUGAGGCGGGCUAUUCAGAGGAAGAGUGUAAGCAGUACAAAGCGGUGGUGUACAGCAACACCAUCCAGUCCAUAAUCGCCAUCAUCAGAGCCAUGGGGCGCCUCAAGAUCGAUUUCUCUGAUGCAGCCAGAGCGGAUGAUGCUCGUCAGCUGUUUGUGCUGGCGGGAUCGGCAGAGGAGGGCUUCAUGACCGGCGAACUGGCCGGAGUCAUCCAGCGCCUCUGGAAGGACGGGGGUGUCCAGUCCUGCUUCAGCCGGUCACGAGAGUACCAGCUUAACGACUCUGCCGCCUAUUAUCUGAAUGACCUGGAUAGGAUAGCCCACGGAGCAUACGUACCCACCCAGCAGGAUGUGCUGAGGACCAGGGUGAAGACCACUGGCAUUGUGGAGACGCACUUCACCUUCAAAGACCUCCACUUCAAGAUGUUUGAUGUGGGGGGUCAGAGGUCCGAGAGGAAGAAGUGGAUCCACUGCUUUGAGGGAGUCACUGCCAUCAUCUUCUGUGUGGCGCUGAGUGACUACGACCUGGUGCUGGCCGAGGACGAGGAGAUGAACCGGAUGCAUGAGAGCAUGAAGCUGUUUGACUCCAUCUGCAACAACAAGUGGUUCACAGACACCUCCAUUAUCCUCUUCCUCAACAAGAAGGAUCUGUUCGAGGAGAAGAUCAAGAAGAGUCCUCUUACUAUCUGUUACCCAGAGUACGCAGGUUCCAACACGUACGAGGAGGCGGCGGCCUACAUCCAGUGUCAGUUUGAGGACCUGAACAAGAGGAAGGACACCAAGGAGAUCUACACCCACUUCACCUGUGCCACCGACACCAAGAAUGUGCAGUUUGUCUUCGACGCAGUCACCGACGUCAUCAUCAAGAACAACCUGAAGGACUGUGGCCUCUUCUAGGGCAGUGUGGUGGCCAGAGUGCGCUCAGUGACUUUCUUGGGGACGUCUGUGACUGGAGGGGGGCGGAUCAUAGACACUUUGUAAAGGACGUCUCUUUUAACCUCUUACCUUAUGUUGAUCUCUGAAAGGUUUUAAAAUGCCUUGUAGAAAACGUUUGUGUAAAAUAUUUGUACAACUGUCACUAAGGCUGGAGUUUUUCACUGUUUUUAAAAUGUUUUUGUUUUAAGAGGUCAAGGUUUUAUUUUUUAUUUUUUUAAAGGGGGGCCUUUGCAUUUUGUUUCUUCUUAUUCUCGGAGAGAAAUGGACGCUUUUUUUCUAUUUGUAGGUACUUGUGCCUUUGCAUGCCUUAGUUGCAGUGUGUUUGUUUUUGUUAGCUAAAUUGUAAUAGAUGUAUUUAGAUGUUAUAAUUAAUUACACCACCCUCCCCAAAUAUCUCUAUUUGGUUCCAAAUAUGGUUUCCAUGACUGACAUCCCAGAAUUAUUGCAUCCAUGGAAAUGAUGGAAUAGGCCAAUUAAGACUAACUUGCUCUCGAUAGACCCACUCACUCUUACAUACUGAGAGCUGUGUGUGUGUCUUUGUGCAUGACUGUGUGUGAGUGCCUUUGCUGCAUGACUGUAUGCUUGAGUGAGUGAGUAGCAUGCAUGAAUGUGUGGAUAUAAAUACAAAGGGACUCUUUUUACUUGUCAUCCUCUUUCAGUCUGGUUUUCUGGAACAUGUACCAAAAAGGCAAAUUUAUAUUUAAUGCGACGUCACAUGGUUGGUGUGACAUUGCGGAUGGUAACAUUCCUACACCAAAUCAUUAUUUUAAAGAGAAACUUUGAAAAGAGGAUGACAACUACAGCCUUGUAGCAGACGAGGGGGACAAAGGGAGGCGAAUGGGUGUAUUUGCACUGUUAUGAUGUUGACGAUAAGUUUCAUAAUGGUUUCAGGUUACAUAUCCCCCUAACCCCCAACCCUUCUGUUUCCAUUGGAUGGGGACUAAUAGUGGACUAAUUUCCAUUAUUUUGCUAAUAAAAUAAAUGCUGUGGUGAAACGACGACAUCCUUCAACAAU